GCUCUAUGGGAUUGGAGCUCUAUGGGAUGGAGGCUUUAUGGGGACUGAGCUCUGUGGGAUUGGAGCUUUAUAGGGACCUGAGCUCUGUGGGAUUGGAGCUUUAUAGGGACUGAGCUCUAUGGGAUGGAGCUUUAUAGGGAUGGAGCUUUAUGGGAUUGGAGCUUUAUAGGGACAGAGCUCUAUGGGGACGGAGCUUUAUAGGACUGAGCUCUAUGGGAUGGAGCUUUAUAGGGACUGAGUUCUAUGGGAUUGGAGCUUUAUAGGGACUGAGCUCUAUGGGGACAGAGCUUUAUAGGGUGGGAACUCAAUGGGUACAGAGCUCUAUGGGAUUGGAGCUUUAUGGAUGGAGCUUUGUGGGGACAGAGUUCUAUGGGGACGGAGCUGGACAGAGCUCUAUGGGAUUGGAGCUCUAUGGGAUUGGAGCACAGUGGGGUCGGAGCUCUGUGGGAUGGAGCUCUAUGGGAUGGAGCUUUAUGGGGUCAGAACUCAAUGGGGUCGGAUCAAACUCAAUGGGGUCGCAGCUCAAUGGGGUCAGAACUCGGUGGGAUCAGAGCUCAGUGGGGUCAGAACUCGGUGGGGUCGGAACUCAAUGGGGUUGGAUCUCAGUGGGGGUCGGAGCUCAAUGGGGUCGGAACUCAGUGGGGUCAGAACUCAAUGGGGUCAGAACUCUAUGGGGUCGGAGCUCAAUGGGGUCAGAACUCUAUGGGCUCAGAGCUCAAUGGGGUCGGAGCUCAAUGGGGUCGGAGCUCAAUGGGGUCAGAACUCAAUGGGGUUGGAACUCAAUGGGGUCGGAGCUCAAUGGGGUCAGAACUCUAUGGGCUCAGAGCUCAAUGGGGUCGGAGCUCAAUGGGGUCGGAACUCAAUGGGCGGGAGCCCCGUAG